CAUACACGCGCUUUGUCAAAGAGACCACGAAGAAGAGACUAAGAAAUUUUUUUGCAUCAUUUAUUAAGAAAAAAUUUAACAUUUUGCGCGUGUUUAUAUAAAAUUCAAGCUAAUUUGUUUAUAUUUAAAUAUAAAUUAAAGAAAAAACAAUAAACCAUGCCUAAACCCAGAGGAGGACAACGUCAACAAUAUAAUAGUGGUGGCGGUGGCAGCAGUGGUUCACGUUUUCAAGCCUUGAAUGACUAUCAAAAUGACCAUGAUGAUAGAGACAAUGGUGGCCGUAAAAAAGAACGCAAUACCACCAGAAGAGUUAGUUUUAAGCCUUCGGCCUUGCAAAACAAGGGCGGCAUCAAAUCCCGUUUGGCUGAAAUGGCUGUACGCACCAGGUUGGAGGAUGAUGAAGAUAUGGAUGGUUUGGUUUCACAUACUGGGUAUGAAGACCGUGGUGGUUCCCGCAGAAAGGGUUCGCCCAUACCCAAAGGCAAAUUUGGCCAGUCCCGUAAAUUAGCACCUAGUCAAUUUGGCUGGUAUCAUGUGGCGAUACAAUCUGGCCAACGUUACUCCAAAGAUGAUGUUAUACGCGCUAUACUCAGCGCCAUAUCACCCGAUAUUUUUAUACCACAAUACUGGCGCACUGAAAAAAAUUGCGUUGUCUUUUAUGUGGACGAUUAUGCUAUUGCCCAACGUCUGCAACAGAAUGAACGUAAUGUACAAAUGUCCGAUGGCUAUCGUUUAUUUAUAAGAGUACGCGCCAGUUGUCCCACAGUUACGGUGGAUGAGGAGUUAAAGGAGAAAAUUAAAUUGGUCAUGGCCAAACGUUAUAAUCCCCAUACUAAGGCCUUGGAUUUAACAAAAUUCCAUGCUGAUCCCGACUUUCGUCAUAUAUUUGUGGGUCUGUCCCGCUCAGCUGUUAUGACGGCUGUUUUGGAGAUCAUACAGAAAAAUAUACCCGAUUUGGAGGCUUUGAAUUUAAAUGAUAAUAAUCUGAGCUCCAUGGAAAGUUUCAAAAAUUUGGAGCAGCGUUUGCCGCAUUUGAAGAUAUUGUAUUUGGAUAGAAAUAGUAUACUUUCAUUGGCCCAUUUACUAGUUUUGCGCAAUGUUCCCAUUGUGGAUUUGAUGCUGAAAAACAAUCCCUUGCGCCGUCGCUAUAAAGAACAUGAUCUCUAUGUCAGUGAAGUACGACGUAAAUUUCCCAAACUUGUGAAAUUGGAUGGUGCUGAAUUGGAGCCUCAAAUUUUGUUCGAUGUCCAUGAAUCUUCAGCCUUGCCCAAGUCUCAGGCUUCCUUCUUGUGUGAUGCCUCGGGUGCUGAUAUAAUUAGACAAUUUCUAGAGCAAUAUUUUAUGAUAUUUGAUAGUGAAAAUCGCCAGCCCUUAUUGGAUGCUUAUCAUGAACAGGCCAUGAUGUCUAUGUCGGUGCCACCGGCCAGCCAAGCGGGCAGGUUACAUUCAUUUUGGAAAUUCAAUCGUAAUUUCCGUCGCAUUGUCAACAAUGAAGACGUAUCCAGAAUACGCCAACUGAAAGUGGGACGUUUGGCGGUGGUUUCUACAUUGGCUGAGUGGCCCAAGACACAACAUGAUCCCCAAUCGUUUUCAGUGGAUUUGACUUUAUUUACGCCCAAAUUAAUAUCGUUUACCGUGGCCGGUCUCUUCAAAGAAUUGGACUCUUCAUCCAAUUCAACCAACGGUGAUAUACGCUAUUUCCAACGACAAUUUGUUAUAGUACCCGCGGGCGGUGGCUUUUGUAUACGCAAUGAAAUGAUUUUAGUGACAAGUGCUACUGGAGCGCAGGCCCGCACAUUCCUUAAACCACCAGCCACCAUUACAAAUCCACAAGCAGCCGGUACUGCCCCCACAACAAGUGCUGCCGCUGGCUUACAAAAUAGUUUACAAAUGAAUCAACCAACGACCUCUGCUGCCGCUUUAAUGCCACCACCAGCUGCCGUUGCACAACCUCAACCGGAUGAAUCUAUGAAAAUACAAAUGGUACAGGCCAUGUGCGUUCAAAGUAAUAUGAAUGCUGAAUGGAGCAGAAAAUGUUUGGAGGAAACAAACUGGGAUUACAAUCAUGCUGCCUUUGUGUUUGAAAAAUUACACAAGGAGUGUAAAAUACCCCCAGAGGCUUUUAUUAAAUAAAUCCUUUAUUUUUACUGUUUUUCAUUGAUUUCUUUCUCUAUCUAUCUCUCUUAACAUUAUUUAUAUUCUAUAACCUAAGAAUUUAUUGCAUAUGAAAUAAUAUUACAUACAUAUUUUGUUUAAUGGAAAAAAUUAAAAUUAAUAAUAGCUAAACAAGAAAAAUUCUGUUAUGAAAUAUUUUAAUAACAUAUCGCUUGAAGAAAUAGCAAUUAUUUUAUUAUUAUUAUAAAUAUAUUUUUUUUACAAAUUUCUUUAACCUCAAAACUUUCAUUUAAAUCUUAUUUAGUUUAUAAAUUGAACACCCCCCGCCAUAUGGCUUUCACUUUAUUGUAACUUUCCCUUAUCCUACUAACACUUUUUUUAUUAUUAUUUGUUAUAUAAAUUGAAAAAAAUAAUAUAAAUUACACUGCUAUUUUGUAAAAUUUUGAAUGUGCGUUUUUUUAAAUUUAGUUAUUAAAUAUUAUUAAAUACAUUUUGUAAAUAGUUUUUUUUUAUAUAUUUUCACUUUGUUUUUCUAAUAAACAAAUAAGCAGCUAUCUAAAUUAAAAAAGAAAAUAGAGAAUGAUAUUGAAACAAAAGAAAGAAUAAAUAAUUUUAAGCCUAAAUAAUAAAUAAAUUUAAUUAAUAUCUAUAUGUAACUGUAACAAGAAGAAA